AAGUUAAAAGUAAAAAGCAAUGUUAACAAAGUUUAAACAAAUUAAACUAAAUAAACAAAUAAAAUAAAUUAAAUAAAUUAAUAAAUAAACAAUUAAAUUAAAUAUAUUUAAUUAAAACAAACGCGCUUCGCGAUCCGAUUACUCUCACGCGCAAACUAAACUAAACUCGUUCGUCAAUAGACAAAUUAUUUGUUAUAAAUUGUCUCCGGCCGCAAAGUAUUAAACCGCGACAACUAAUAACAUUCAGUGGUCUAAAGAAAACGAAAAAUAAAACAGUAAUUGUGCAACCGCGAAAAGACGCCGCCUCAACCAAAGGAAAGGAGAAGAGAAGAAAGGAAGAAAGUACACCUGGAGAAAUUUUAGAAGAGAAGGAGGAAUUCCAAAGCAAAGCAACGAUAAACUGGAGAACACAUUUAAAUAAAAAAAUCCAGGGUAUUUAUACCACCACAUUUAUCGUUUAAAUUUUUUAAAUUUUUUAAAUAUAAUAAAAAAUAUAAAAUAAUGUCCAGUUCUGACCACCUUUUCUCGGAAGAUGAGGUACUCUCAAUUACCUCUAGCGAGCGAUCUUCCCCUAUUCAUGUUAAUAUUUCGCCUAUGUCUCACGGGUCCGGCAAUUCCCUGGUUAAUUCCGUCAAUAUUAACCAGAAGAAAUUGCCUGCAAAUCAAAAGAAAAGCCCAAUUAACUCUUCUUGGGUAGCCUUUAAUUUCUUUAAUUCCCUUUCUCUAAAUAUGAAAGAGAAUAUAAACGCUAAAAAUGCCCAAAGAGACCCCCUCUCGAUCACCAAUACUGCUGCAGCCAAUGUUGGCGCCAAAAGCAGCAUCUCGAAGGGGAAAUCGCCAUCUUCUCCUCCACUCUCUUCACAAAUACACAAGCGAAAUUCACUCCCCACAAUGACUCACACAAACACAGCCGCACUCACAAACACCGACGCUACUCAAAGAGAGUUCAAAUCCACCACAGCGACCUGCACUAAUGCAGCUGCAGCCACUAAUACGGACACAGAAUUAAGAGGCGCCAAACCGAGCGACGCUAUGGGAAAUUUCCCCUCUCUCCCACACACCGACACCGCAGAGAAAAAUCUCAGCUCAUCCACCAAAAUUGGACGUAAUGCUUCUUCCCCUCCUUCUUAUACACACAUACAAAUAAAUAAAGCCGCCGAAACAAAUUUAGAAAGCUGCUCUAAAUCUCCCGCGCUUGCCAAUUCAAAAACUCAACCCAACAAAGCCAAUGAUAUUGACAGUGGUGAAAUUGCUCCACCACUUAUACAAUUUAACGAAAGCAAGCAGGAGGAAAGACCAAGUACAACUGCCAAAGCUUUCUGGUCUAUUUUUAACCCUAAACCGGACACUUCUAAACUCAGCCUAAGCAAAAAACCCACCAUUCGCUCUGUAAAUACUGGGAAAAGAAGCAUUUCCCCUCAUCAAAGGAGUGCUUCUUUACGCCCUGAUGCUCAAGGUGAUUUAAAAAUAAAAUCCAACAACAGAUCCAUGCCCACAGUGGUGAAUUUAACAACAGCUCGUACCCUUAGUCGGCCUGCUGCCAAGCGGGACUUAUUUAAAUCUCCGUCCAGGAGCCCAGACGAGCAGCUCAUGAGUUUCUCGGAAAUGGCUGCUGGAACUGGUCCAAUCUUUGUGGCACCCACAGUUCCGGCUCCUCUAACGAAAACUCCGGCCAAGAGGACAAACGAUGAUUUGGACUGCUCCAGUUUCAGGACGCCAAAUAAACGAUUAUGCGUGACCUCCAAUUUCAAAUCUCCCAGCAUUUUUCCACCCCUCACCACACCCGUUUUCCAAAGUAAGGCAGCCAAAUCUGUAUAUGAGGAAUCCAAAACCAGGAAUCGACUCUCACACCAGCCGUUACCCUGCAGCACCAAUGCUCCUGCUCGCAGUGCAACGACGGCACCCCCUCAAAAUACAGAUGCUGAGCUGCCACCUUGGAAACUGGUGCCACUAAGCUGCAGAGCGCCACCCAUACUCGUUGACGACGUCAAAGAAAUUGUCCCGCUCCUGGAAAAGUUAAACUAUACAGCAGGAGUAUCCAGCUACACUACCAGGGCAACUGAAGGGAACGGGGUCAGGAUCCAGGCCAAGGACAUGACCGCCUACCACAAAAUCAAAGAUGUCCUUAUAGCAAACGGCUUUCCCCUAUUCACCAACCAGCCAAAGUCCGAGAGGGGCUUCCGAGUAGUAAUCAGACAUCUCCACCACUCCACUCCAUGCUCGUGGAUUGUCAAGGAGUUGCUGACGCUCGGAUUCACAGCUCGCUUCGUCAGAAAUAUGACGAACCCGGCUACAGGUGGGCCCAUGCGCAUGUUUGAAGUUGAGAUCGUCAUGGCCAAGGACGGCAGUCAUGACAAAAUUAUCUCACUCAAACAAAUCGGUGGGCAAAGAGUGGAUAUUGAAAGGAAAAACAGGACACGGGAGCCGGUCCAGUGCUACAGAUGCCAGGGCUUCAGGCAUGCCAAGAACUCAUGCAUGAGGCCACCAAGAUGCAUGAAAUGCGCUGGCGACCACCUGUCAUCCUGUUGCACCAAGCCAAGAACCACCCCUGCUACCUGCGUCAACUGCUCUGGAGAGCAUAUUAGUGCAUACAAAGGAUGCCCCGUUUACAAGGCCGAAAAACAAAAGCUUGCGGCAAACAACAUUGACACAAAUAAAAUACGUACAAUUAAAGACGCAACCAAUAACUUUUAUAGACGUCAAGGCCCUCCUCCACGCAAUAACACCCCUCGGCUGCCACACAGCUCAGCAAUCCUGAACAGAUCAAUCGCUGAAGCCCGCCAGGAAGCAGCCAGAAAGUCGAUGUUAAAUCCUUUCCGACAAAAUAUGAACGACAAAAGGCCACGUUUCUCCUCCCAUGACUCUGCCAUUCAGAUGCGGCUGAAUAAAUGGCGCCGAAACACAAACAAGAUACCCAAAAAGGGUAGGACAACUUCAAAAAACAACGCAAAGCCAAGACUGGUAUCCAAGACAAGCAACCCAGCGCAAAGACAUCUGGAAAAUUACCAGGACAUGCUCCGAAAGCAAAGGAGUGAAGAAAAUUACCAGGAACCUGAAAAAGGUACUUCAAAUCCCAUGCAAGUUAACAACGACAGCCCUCCCACCACCAGCAGAGCUGCCAGAGCUAGCUUCAAACCAAGAUUUAUUGAUGAAGCCAUGCAAUCGCCAAGAAAUUCCAAUCCUAACUCGCAAAAAGACUUCUUGGACGGUCCCACAACUAUCUUAGCAAACAGAGUCGACAACUUAGAAAAGAAAAUUGACAUUUUAAUGGCCUUAAUCACUCAAGGAAUAAACAAUAAGCUGGACAUGGACACAUCCAAUUAAAUCUACAUCUACUUAUUUCUAUUUAAAUAAUAUAUCUAUCCGAUGGAAAAGCGCACGUCUGUCUGCUUACAAAUUCUUCCACUGUCAUCACCUUCCUCGACGCAGCCUAAUUUAUCUGGAAUAAUAAUUCAAUUAGUGGAUGCACAAAAAUAAUAAACAAUACUCUCACCUCAACGCGCCUGGAUAAACAAGCCCAAGACAACGCAUUCCAGCUGAUCCUGACGAAACGAGGCGGAGAAAAUCAACCAGGACAUAAAAGAUGAAUCGGUAGAUCGAAAUGAAAAGGAUUAAUGUGGCAGAAACAUGAUGAAUAAAAGGCGACUCGCUGCAGCAAUUUAUGCACAACGUCACUUACCUGAACUUUCUUGCCACACGUUUCCCGAUUAGUAUCUCUUAUCACCGAUGCAAUCUACUUGCAGUGCUGCACUGCAAUAGACGGGCCAUAUAAGCUGCCUACGCUUCGCUCAGGGCACUUAGCGCGGAGCUGCAGAAUCUAUCCAUCCGCUACUCUUAAAUUCCCUCAGAUCGACGAGCGCCUACACUAGAGACGCCAAAACCUGAAAACAAAACAAUAACCCAAUAAGAAAAUAAACAAAGCCAAACAAAUAAAGCACUUACCUCAACAAACACAGCCAACUGGUGAUCCAACGCAACCAAAAAGAGAAGACGAGCCCUGCAAAGAAAAAACAAAA